AUGGCCGCCAUCGACGAAGUUGACGAGGACAAGCUGACACCCGAGGAGCGCGAGGCAAAGGAUAAGGCAGAUCGCGCUCGUGAAGCAGAAGAGCAGGCGGCGCUGCCUUAUACCUGGAAGCAGGAACUCGGCGAGGUCGAUAUCGUCGUUCCUGUCCCACAGGGAACACGGGGACGUGACCUCAGCGUCGUCAUUCAGAAGAAGAAGCUGAGCGUAGGUCUCAAGGGCAAGGAGCCUAUCAUGAGCGGCGAGCUAUGCAAAGACAUCAAAGUCGAGGAGAGCACCUGGUCGAUCGAGGAUCAAUCCAUAGUGAACGUUCAUCUAGAAAAGGUGAACAAGAUGCAAUGGUGGGAGAACGUCCUUGCGCACCACCCGAAGAUCGAUACAAGGAAGAUCCAACCGGAGAACAGUAAGCUCAGCGAUCUUGACGGGGAGACAAGAGGAAUGGUAGAGAAGAUGAUGUUCGAUAACGCCCAAAAACAAAUGGGAAAACCUACGUCAGACGAAAUGAAGAAGGCAGAGAUGCUGAAGAAGUUCCAAGACGCUCAUCCAGAACUGGACUUCUCUAAUGCCAAAAUCUCCUAG